AUGCGACGAGCCGGUGAUGGAGCAGAGGGCCAUGGGAGGCCGCAUGCGGGUGAGGAACUGGAGGAGAGCAGCGUGGGCGAGGAGAGGGAAAGGGAAGACAUGGCGGGGGGCGCAGAAAGAAAUAUUCACGAGGAGGAACAUAUUUGGGGAUUGGAGAGGGGCGAAGAUGGACAAUAUGUUGACUGUGGGGAUGAGGAGGUGGCGGCGGAGGUGGAGGAGGAGGGCAAGUAUGAUGACGAGGAGAUUGACGAUGACGAAGAUGAUGAUGAGGAUGGGGAUGACGAUGACGAUGACAAUGACGAUGACGAUGACGAUGACGACGAUUUCGACUACGACGAGUGGGAGGAGGAGGAGGGUGAGCGGCGCGGCGUGCAAGGCAGCGCGAUCGACGGCGACUGGACGGUGUCGUCUCGUCUGCGAGCACCGCAGCAGCGCGCGGCGGCAGAGGGCACGGGGGAGAACCAAGAGCCCGCGCCCUUGGCGCCCUCUUCUCCGCCACCUGCCUCCUCCCGCCGCUUCGCCACCCUCACCGCGCACCCCCGCGCGCCAGGCGAGCCCCUCCGCGUCACAUUCUCCGCGCAGCUGCCCGACUCGGGCGCCUUCGCCCCGGCCCCAGCAGACCCGCUUUUGGGUGCGCCUCCCUUUCCCCCCAUGAUUCACCGGCCACGCUCCGCCGCUGCCCGCGCUGCGGUCGCUAGAGUGUUGCGGCAGCGGCAGGAGGCAGCAGAAGGCAGUCUGCGCGGGGCUGGGAGGGGCGGUGAUGCAGGGGGGGCGGGUCAGGGCGGAAUGGAGGGGCAUGGCGCAGGUAAAGAGACACGGCGUGUAUGGCGAGGAUUGAACGCGGGUGCAGGGGGCGAACUGGGAGACGAGGAGGUGCGCGGAACGAAGAGAAAAGCGGAACCACAUGCGCAGGCGCAAGUGGGAACCGCUGGGGGGGUUACAGGUGGCAGUUUUGUGGGAUGGGGAGGGAACGUGGGAGUUGUGGAACGGUUAAGAAGGGAAGGAGGGGACGGCGCGGUUGCGUCGCGAAUGGCAGAGGGCGAGACGCAAGGAAGCAGAGCGGAGGCCAUGAGGGAGGAGCAGGGCGGUGCUGGAAGCAUGAUGCAGCAGGGAGCGGAGCAGGGCGGAGCAGAGAGGGAGGGCGGGGGGCAGGAAGGCGGGAAGCAGAGUGGGGUGGGGGAGCCGACAGGCGUAGGGGGAGUGGGAGGCGGCAGGGCGAUGGAGGUGAGCCCUCCGCGCAGCAUGCGAGAGCCAUCCUCCCGUGCUGCCCGCAAGAUGUGGCGCGAGCUGGUGCCGCACCGAGCAGGACGCACAGACACGGCACAGACUCACACGCUGGGAGGCAGCACGGGGCAAGGCGGAGAAUGUGACAAGCAGGCGGUGAAAGAAGAGCUACAGAGGUUCCAGAGAGGGGGGGAACAGAUGGGAGGCGACACAAGUGGGGGGAACAGGGGUGAGGAGGAGAGGAGGCGAGGAGGGAGAGGAGGGGAGAAGAGCAGCGUGAUGCCGCUGAGCACUCCAGUGCUGGCCGCUGCGAGGCCCUCACUCUGCGUAUUCGCUGCGAGCCCAUAA